AUGGCCAGCGAGUAUGACCAGAUGCUCUUGACAUACCUCAGCGGCGGAAUGGUGUCGUUGGCGUUGACGCUUGGGCGGCGGCUUGGACUGCUUGAGGCAUUCUGCGCACUUGGGUCCCCAGAGAAACACACAACUGCCGAAGCUGUAGCUGAAAAGGCAAAUUGCAAGCCACGCUACGUCCGCGAGUGGAUGGCCUGUCUGGCGUGCGCCGGUAUUUUCCAGAGCCUGCUUAACUCUUCGUGGAUCGCUAACAUGGCGUUCGUGCCGCUGUUCGCCGACGUCAGGGAGCAGCUCGAGGAGGCGUUCAGGGCGGACAACCCGCGCCUUGGGAUGGACUACGCAAACUAUCAGCAAUUCUACUCGCUGAUGGCCGCGUGUAGUCAAACCCGGCACCGCGAGUAUUUGAUUCCAAAAGUCGUGCCGGACCUCGGGCAUGGAAUCGCCGCAAAGCUGGCGGCUGGUGGAAUGAAAUGCCUGGAUAUCGGAUGCGGCAACGGGUUCCACGUGCAGUUGUUCGCUAACGAAUACCCAAAAUCCGAGUUCUACGGGCUUGACCUCGUGCCGGAAGCGAUUGAAGCGGCCAACCAGCAAAAAGCCGCGGACGGGACGAAGAAUUCGACAUUUAUCGCCUGCGAUGCCGCGCACCUACCACACGAUUGGGGAAAUACGUUCGAUUUUGUGACGAUUUUCGAUGCGUGCCACGAUCAGACGCGGCCGGAUUUGUCUCUCCGCGAGAUCCACCGGGUGCUGAAGCCGGGCGGGAUCUUCGCCAUGGUCGAGGUGAAGGCGACCGGAAGCGUUCUGGAGGACAAAAAGACGGAUCCGCUGCGGAGCUCGAUGCACUACGGUUGUUCCCUAUUCCAUUGUCUGCCCGUCGGCAGUAAUAAGGAAGGCGCGCUGUGUUUGGGGACGAUGUGGGGAAACCACAAGCAGGCGGCCCUACUGAAGGAAUGCGGAUUUGCCAACCCUGAGCGCAUCAACCCGGCCUACUAUCCGGUCCCCGACAAAUCGUCUCAGGCAAAAGGACCGGUGGAGCCUCCGCCCAUUUCGGAAAUGUACACGGUUUAUGGCAAGGUGUUCACCGCCUGGCUGGUGCUAUGGUGCUUUGCGCCGGAUAGCUGGAGAACUGACGUUUAUCACGCAGCCGGUGUCGUCAUUUUUCAAUGCGUCGGCGAAUAUCUGAUUCGACUCUGGCAGUGGAGAAUCUACCGGGCUGCCCUUGCCGCCGUCCCACCUUCUACUGCC